GUCGCGACGGGCUCCAACGAGGCGUACUUCGAGGCACUGGUCCGCGGAGCGCAAAGCCUGGCCUGCCUGGGGCCAUCUUUCCACGUACCCGCCUUGACGACGGCCUCAUCGGGCGGCGGCCAAUGUCCGCUGCUCCCCUCGGACGGUCUCUGCGUCGACGAGGAGCAGAAGAGACCGUCCGUCUGCGGCCUUCCGCUGCCAUUCUCCUUUCCCGGCUGCCUGCCUCUCGGUCUCGACGGCCUCUUUCACGCAGCCCCCGCGUUGACGUCAACAUCAACGUCUACGUCAACGUCGAUCUCGGCGUCGGCGUCGGCGUUGUCAUUGCCGUCGACUUCGACGUCGCCGUCCCCUUUCUCUCUCUCCGCCCGGCAGCCCGGCGCCAGUCCGGAACCGGUUGUCGAGCUGCAGGGCUUCGACUGCGGCUCGACCGUCGCCAAGACGACUGUGACGCCAAACUUUUUCUCCUAUUCCGCGCCUCGCUCCCUUUCCGCCUCCUUUCCGCUCCAGCUGCCGUUGCCGCUGCCGCUGCCAAUGCCGAUGCCGAUGACGAUGCCGAUGACGAUGCCGAUGCCGAUGCCACUUCCUUUUCCCCUCCCACCCCCGCUCCAGUUGACCCCAAGCCUCGCCGGCAACGGCGUCAGCAACCUCGUCUGCGGGCCUCGUUGCAGUCCCUCUGGCCCGCCCGGCAACCAGCUCUCCGGACUCCCUCCGGCCACGGGCUUCUCGCCCAUCGUCUCCUCCAGCCUGGCAACCCUCGCCAACACGCCCCCCUACCCACUCGCCGGCCUGCCCGGCUGCCUUGGCUUGGCUCAGGCCGACGCCGUCGCCACAGCCGACCUCCUCGGACUGACGACGCACUCCGUCGUUCCUGCGUCGUCUUCGUCGUCGUUGUCGUUGACGCUAUCGGCAUCGUCGGCGUCGCCGCCGCUGCCCCACCAUCAACAACAACAACAACAACAACAACCUCUGCCUCCGAUGAUGCUACCGCCGGCCGGCCUGGCCGGUCGGCCCGGUCUCAUGUCAACCAAACUGUAUCCGACCGGCGGGGAGGAGCAUAUCGCUCGGGUAGGCAAGGCGGGUGUCUAA